AUGCUGCGUGCGUUUGUGCUCAAAGUGGCGCAGAGAAUGAAGGCCGCGCAGUUGGAGAUGAUCCUUGUCAUACCGCCCAUGCGCUACACCUCUGAGCGGCAGAUGAGUACCUUCUUCGAUCGCAAAGACUUCGAUGUGCUCAAGAAAGAGAUCGCUUUCUUCAGUAUCAUGACCUACGACUUCUCAUCCCGGCCUGGGCCCAAUGCACCCAUAAACUGGACACGCGCUGCGAUAGAGAUGUUGGUACCUGAGAAUAUAACUGCAGAAAGGAAUAAGAUCUUAGUAGGUUUAAACUUCUACGGAUACGACUACUCGCCGACGAACACGCGCGCGCUGGUCAACACAGAGUAUAGCGCCAUCGUACACAAUGAGGCCCUAGACCUUGCCUGCAAAUGGAGCCACGAGUACAGGGAGAUGGAGUUUAGAUAUAAGGUCCAUAAUGAGAUCCAUGAGAUGUGGUACCCUACGCCCAAUUCGGUGCGUGCGCGGAUUGACCUGUCGCGGGAGCUGAAUGUGGGCAUAUCGAUAUGGGAGAUCGGACAAGGCAUAGAGCCCUUCUACGACUAUCUAUAAAUAACAAUAAAUAUAUCUAUAAAGGACAAAAACGAUAUCUAUAAAUAAC